AUGCUGCCUGCAGUGCUGCUGAGCUGUGCCCUGCUGCUAGCACUGCCCCCCAUGCAGGGGGCCCAGAUGGGCCUGGCUCCCAUGGAAGGCAUCAGAAGGCCUGACCAGGCCCAGUUCCCAGAGCUCCCAGGCCUGGGCCUGCAGUCCUCGCUGAAAAGGACAACUGCGGAACAGUCAGAAGAAGCUCGGCUGCAGGAGGCCGAGGCCUUGGCAGAGGUUCUAGACCCGGAGGGCCGCGAGCCACGCUCCCCACGUCGCUGCGUAAGGCUGCAUGAAUCCUGUCUGGGACACCAGGUACCAUGUUGCGACCCAUGUGCCACGUGCUACUGCCGUUUCUUCAACGCCUUCUGCUACUGCCGCAAGCUGGGUACUGCCAUGAACCCCUGCAGCCGUACCUAG